GGCAAAUUUCGUCGGUCCAAUGUCGGUCUCUCCUGGCUUUCUUUCUCUCUCUCCCGCUGGCAACAAUCAAUCUUUCAACAUUUUGGCACCAAGUUCUACCGUAAUUUGCUGUUUCCGAAAAUUGGUGCGCGGCAUUAACAAAAAUCAAUAGUUUAAUUAAUUAAUAUCGAAAUCGGGAAAAAAAUCCACUCUUCUUCACUGACCGGCCAUAUAUGUGGAUGGGGUGCAGCAGUUAGUUCCCAGGCAGUUUAAAUAAAUACAUAAACAGAUAUACGACGGACGUAUCGCCUCUGAACUCAAACUCUUGCUUGCUUGCUUGCAGAAGGAGAGAGGGAGGGAGGCUUUCAAUUUCCCGCGACAAAACGCAGCUCAUCAAUCCUUAUAGGAUAUCACCUGCUUCUUCAAAGACAUAUUAGAGGAAAGACAUACUAUCAUGGCCUCAAAGCAUGCCCCUCCAAGUAAUAAAGGGCGACGGUCAUUCUCAACAUUUAUUGUACUCGGUCUAUGUUGCCUCUUUUACCUGCUUGGAGUGUGGCAGAAUAGUGGGUCUGGAAAGGGAGACAGGUUAGCAGUAGCGGUUACGGAACAAACCGAAAACUGCAACAUAUUCCCUCCUUCCAAUCUUGAUUUUGAACCACACCAUACUUUUGUUUCAAAAAUUGACACUUCUGAACCAGCGAUCAAACCAUACAAAAUUUGUGAUGCUAAAUAUAGAGACUAUACUCCUUGCCAAGAACAAGAUCGAGCUAUGACUUUCCCUCGGGAAAACAUGAUAUACAGAGAAAGGCAUUGUCCGCCGGAUAAGGAAAAGCUUCGUUGUCUUAUUCCUGCACCGAACGGAUAUACGACCCCGUUCCCCUGGCCAAAAAGCCGUGAUUAUGUAUAUUAUGCUAAUGUCCCUUACAAACAUUUAACGGUUGAGAAGGCGGUCCAAAACUGGGUCCAGUUUCAGGGUAAUGUGUUCAAGUUUCCAGGAGGAGGAACGAUGUUUCCUAAAGGAGCUGAUGCAUAUAUCAAUGAGCUUGCAUCUGUAAUCCCGAUGGCGAACGGGUCCAUAAGAACAGCGCUUGAUACUGGUUGCGGCGUGGCUAGCUUCGGUGCGUAUCUGCUGAAGAGAAAUAUAUUAGCAAUGUCGUUUGCACCGAAAGACAACCACGAAGCACAGGUUCAAUUUGCACUAGAGCGUGGUGUGCCAGCUGUUAUUGGUGUUCUUGGCUCAAUACGACUUCCAUACCCUUCAAGAGCAUUUGAUAUGGCACAUUGCUCUCGUUGCCUCAUACCCUGGGCAGAAAAUGAUGGUAUGUAUCUGAAGGAAAUUGAUAGAGUACUAAGACCUGGUGGGUAUUGGGUUCUUUCUGGCCCUCCAAUUAACUGGAAGACCUACUUCAAAAUCUGGAAAAGGUCCAAGGAGGAUGUUAAGGCUGAACAAUUGAGAAUUGAAGAGAUUGCCAAGCUUCUUUGCUGGGAAAAGAAGUACGAAAAAGGCGAUAUUGCAAUUUGGAGGAAGAAAGUCAAUUCAAACUCUUGCAUGAGGAAGUCUACCAAUAUAUGCAAAUCCAAAGAUAGUGAUGGCAUUUGGUAUACGAAAAUGGAAGCAUGCAUAAGUCCCCUUCCUGUGGUUCAAAGUUCUGAUGAAGUGGCUGGUGGGGAAUUAAAGAAGUUUCCAGCUAGACUCUUUGCCAUUCCACCCAGAAUCACCAACGGGUUGUUGCCCAGAGUAACAAUUGAAUCAUAUAAAGAGGACAAUAAAUUAUGGAAGAAACAUGUAAAUGCCUACAAAAGGAUUGUGAGCCUGCUUGGAAGCACUAAAUAUCAUAAUAUAAUGGAUAUGAAUAGUGGGCUUGGAGGCUUUGCCGCAGCACUUGAAUCGCCUAAACUGUGGGUGAUGAAUGUGGUUCCGACUAUUGGUGAAGACACUCUAGGUGUCAUCUAUGAGAGAGGGUUGAUUGGCAUAUAUCAUGAUUGGUGUGAAGGAUUCUCCACUUACCCGAGGACAUAUGACCUCAUUCAUGCCAGUGGCGUAUUCACCAUGUACCAAGACAAGUGUAAAUUUGAAGAUAUUAUUCUGGAAAUUGAUCGGAUUUUGAGGCCGGAGGGAUUGGUCAUUUUCCGAGAUGGAGUUGAAGUUUUGAACAAGGUUAGGAAAGUUGCUCAGCACAUGAGAUGGGAAAUGAAGUUGACAGAUCAUGAAGAUGGACCAUUAGUGCCAGAGAAGAUUCUUAUUGCUGUCAAGCCAUAUGAUUCAGCUGGUAGCGUUCCUGCCGAAGAGAACAACAAAUCAAGCAAUGAGUAAAACUUUUUUAGAGAAGAUGUAAAGCAAAUGAUUUUCGUUGCAGGAUCAAAUUUACAGGACACAAAUGUAAGAGUUGUGGAACUGUUAAUGUAAAGUUUAGAUUUUCGUAAUAUUUCGAAAUUAUUAUUUAAGUAGGGACUGGAUAAUUUCAUAAGUAGCUACAAAUAAUGAAUAAUGUAGCAAGAACAGUAAGUUUAUGAUACGUGGCUACACUGCUAUAGCGGUCUUUUAUUCUAUAAGGAUUCAAAUUGUCACUCAAAUAGGGUCCACAUGCACG